GGCCAGUGAAAAAGCAGCGUCAACUGGUCACCAUGGUACGCAAGAAACAAUUUAUCAACAAGAAGACAGCGCAGCACUUCCAUGUGGUGCACCGCAGCCAGCGCGACCCCAAGACGAACGACCCGGAGGCGUCGAAGUACGUGCUUCUGUCUUCCAGCCAGCACGUAGAGCUGCGCUCCGACUCCGAGUCCGACGACGAUGGCUCAGAACAGGACAGCGACGACGAGAUGCCCGAUCUCAUCGACACUCUAGCGCCAGCUAAGAGCUCCAAACCCAAGCAGAGCAAGAGCAAGAGCAAGUCUGCUUUCCCUGUACGCAGAGUGAAUUUCGGCGGCGUGGAGGCUGAGGACCUUGUGGACGAGAAUGGUUUGCCUAGAGAUGGAUACGACUACGCGCAGCACAUGAAAGAGAUGGGCCAAGGCAAAUUUUACUCGGCUACGAGUCGCUUUGACGCUGGGGAGGAGGCUCGAGCGCUGUCGAGGAAAGUGGAUCUGCCCGAUGAUGCAUUGCCCAGUGUUGAGGAGCAGGAUCGACUACUGGAUGCGAUUACAUUGACCACGGACGUUAUGGACGACGAUCUGAGAGAGGCGCUGGUGAACGACGAGGCCUUCGAGGAGCUAGACGACAAUUUUGUGGUUCAGGCGGCUGAGGAGAACGCGGAGCAAGGAGGCACCGAUGACUUUGACUAUGACGCUCACAUUGCCAAGCUCAUGGAGGCAGCCAGCGGCGUCACUCCGCUGUAUCGUGGCAACAUUACGGACAGUGAGGAGGAAGAGUUUAGUGAGGACGAGGAGGAGUUCAGCAACGGGGAAGACGAACACGACGGUGUCGAGGCGCCUGAAGACCGUGACGAGGCUCAGCGAGUGCUGGACGAGCUGUUUGAGAAGACGCUGGCGGAGGAAUACGACGAUGAGCAGCUAGGUGAGCUGGAGGAGGACGAUCCAGAGACUCGCGGCAAGGAGACGCUGGAUGGAGAGCUGCUUGCUGCCAUUGUGGAAGACUACGCGUUCGUUCAACAGGAACUGGCAGAUGCUGAGGGCAAAUUAGGCAACCCUCUGCGUGCGGGUAACCAACUUCAGAAGGUGCUGGAGGAGUGCGAGGCAGAACGUUUCGCUUACGAGUACGACGAGAAUGCCGAGACGGAGGAUGAAGAGGAGCCUGAGGGUCCCGUGGCGCGUGCUGAGCGUGAGGAGAAGGAGCUACAGGAAUUGUUCGAACGCAACACGUAUCUGCAGCGAGAGGAGCGUGAGAAGUGGGACUGCGAGACCAUAGUGAGCACGUACUCGACCCUGGACAACCAUCCGACAGUGCUGCGAGAGGAGGCGCCGACGCGUCGUAAGAAGAAGAAACAGCCAGCGGUGGUCAGUAUUUCAGAGGGCGAAGACAUCCGGAAGCAGAAGGUGACGCUGUCCCGUAAAACGGGAAUGCCGCUGGGUGUGUUCGAGACAGCGGCGCCCAAGGCGAACAAGCAGCACCAGCAGCCGCAGCAGCCGGAGACCAGUCGAAGGCUGAAAGGCGAGACCAAGGAAGAGAAGCGCGCGCGUAAAGCAGCUGUCAAGAUGGACAAGAUGGCUCGACGUGCCGAGAAGAAGGAGACCAAGUUGGCGUUCAAGGAGGAGGAGGCGCGUCAGUCCACGCAGACGGUGGCCGGCCGCGUGUCCGUCUUCAAGUACUAACAACGUAAGAUAGCCAGCAGCAAACGAUCUGAUUUUUGACA